UGUUAAUCAAGCGAAUCAUUCUAUUGACAUCAUCGGUACCCUCGUAAAUCGAUGAGAAAGUAUCACAUGAGCUGUCUACUAUUUGGGCUGGACUAGCUAACGCAACAUAACUUUUGGUCUGGCCAUAUAUCCUUUCAAGAUCCAUAACAAUGGGGUCCCUGUUCCGCAGUGAGGAUAUGACCCUCUGUCAGCUGUUCCUGCAGUCGGAGGCAGCCUACGCAUGCGUGUCCGAGCUAGGGGAGCUGGGCCUGGUCCAGUUUAGAGACUUGAAUCCUGAUGUAAAUGCAUUUCAAAGAAAGUUUGUUAAUGAAGUCAGAAGAUGUGAUGAAAUGGAAAGAAAAUUGAGAUUUCUUGAGAAGGAGAUACGAAAGGAUGGCAUCCCCAUGUUGGAUACUGGGGACAAUCCUGAUGCCCCACAGCCCAGAGAAAUGAUAGAUCUUGAGGCCACUUUUGAGAAACUUGAGUCGGAGAUGAAUGAUGUGAACGCCAACUCGGAAGCCUUGAAGAAGAACUUCCUCGAACUGACAGAGCUGAAGCAUAUCCUGCGUAAGACACAGGCAUUCUUUGAUGAGUCAGGUGUCUUUAAAGAUUAUGAGGCUGAUCAUCAUACUAUGCAGGCGAUGCAUGAUCCACUCAUUCCUGACGAUGAUGUGCAGCUGCUGGGAGAGGAACUGGGUCGCCAUGCUGGACAGGCCCUCAAACUGGGGUAUACAGACAUUCAACAUGGGGAGAUAAAUGUGUUUGUUGCGGGGGUGAUACUGCGGGAAAGAAUCCCCGCCUUUGAGCGCAUGCUGUGGAGAGUGUGUCGAGGGAAUGUGUUCCUCAAACAGGCAGAGAUAGACACGCGAUUGGAAGACCCUAUCACUGGUGAUCGUGUGGACAAAACUGUGUUCAUAAUAUUUUUCCAAGGAGAACAGCUGAAGUCAAGAGUCAAAAAAAUAUGUGAAGGAUUCCGUGCCACCCUGUACCCCUGCCCAGAGACCCAGUCAGACAGACGAGAGAUGUCCAUUGGGGUGAUGACGAGAAUUGAGGACCUUAACACUGUGCUGGGUCAAACCCAGGAUCACCGACACCGACUGUUAGUUGCGGCGGCCAAGAACAUCAAGGUGUGGUUCAUCAAGGUGCGCAAAAUCAAAGCUAUCUACCACACGCUAAACAUGUUCAACCUGGAUGUCACGCAGAAGUGUCUUAUUUCCGAGUGCUGGUGCCCAGUUGCCGACCUUGACCGCAUACAGCAGGCACUCAAAAGGGGAAAUGAGAGAAGCGGGAGUUCAGUACCAUCCAUCCUGAACCGUAUGAGUACCCGCCAGGAGCCACCCACCUACCACAGACUGAACAAGUUCACCGUUGUGUUCCAGAACAUUGUGGAUGCCUAUGGGGUCGCAAGUUACAGGGAGGUAAACCCAGCCCCAUGGACUAUCAUAUCAUUCCCGUUCCUGUUUGCAAUCAUGUUCGGUGAUGCAGGGCAUGGGGUUAUCAUGCUUCUCUUUGCUCUCUACCUCGUCAUCAUGGAGAAAAAACUGGCACCAAAAAUGUCUGCAGAUGAGAUCUUUGGAAUGUUUUUCAAUGGCCGCUACAUUAUUCUGCUUAUGGGGGCAUUCUCUAUCUACACUGGCCUCAUCUACAAUGACAUCUUCUCUAAGUCGCUAAACAUAUUUGGAAGUGCAUGGAAACCUGAUCCAAGUGUAUACAAUACCUCUUCAAUGGAUCUGAAAAAUUACAAGAUCAAUGCCAACAACACAGUGGACAGACCGUAUCCUUUUGGUCUUGAUCCAGUAUGGCAACUUGCUAUCAACAAGAUUACCAUAACCAACUCUCUGAAGAUGAAGAUCUCCGUGAUAUUCGGUGUUUGCCACAUGCUGUUUGGGCUCUCACUCAGUCUUCUUAAUCACAGGUUCUUCAACAAGCCCCUGAAUGUCUACUUUGAGUUCAUCCCUCAGCUGAUCUUCAUGUGCUCCAUAUUUGGCUACCUGAUCCUCCUGAUAUUUGUCAAGUGGCUCAAGUUUGGCCCCGCAGACACCGGAAAGGCUCCAAAUCUUCUCAUUGGCCUGAUAAGCAUGUUCCUGUUUCAAUAUGAGGACCCUUGUAAGCCAACCACCUGCUGGUACGCUGGACAGAAAGGGUUCCAGAUCACGCUGGUGGUUGUAGCUGUACUCUGUGUGCCCUGGAUGCUGCUUGUGAAACCUUACAUGUUGCGGAAACAACAUCUCGAAGGAAAGCCCCACCAGUACACAUUGCUAAAUGGAGAUAUGUCACAAGAUGAUGAAUUACUGGAAGUGGUUCACCAUGUUGAUAGCGAGACAGCUUACCCAGGUGAUGAUGAUGGCUAUCAAGAAAAGAUAGGAGAGGAUGUCUGCGAAAUAGAUCUGUCAACGAGCAGAUACAAUGUCCACAUAGAUUCCCUUGAAAAAUUGAUGAAAGUGAAACCAUUUGACUUCAGUGAGGUCAUGAUCACGCAGGCGAUCCACACAAUAGAGUACUGCCUGGGCUGUGUCUCACACACGGCCUCCUACCUGCGACUGUGGGCUCUCAGUCUGGCACAUGCACAGCUGUCAGAGGUCCUGUGGACCAUGGUGAUGACAACCGCUCUGAGCUUCAAGAUCCAGUGGCUCUCGGUGAUCUUCAUCUUCGUCUGCUUUGCAUUCUGGGCCUGCUGCUCCAUUGUGAUCCUGGUACUCAUGGAGGGCAUGUCAGCUUUCCUGCACGCCCUCCGUCUCCAUUGGGUGGAGUUCCAAUCCAAGUUUUACAAAGGCGAAGGCUACCAGUUUGUUCCAUUUUCGUUUGACACAAUGCUUGCAGAAUAUGGGCUGGCUGAGUAGACAAUGAGGAUCAGAUGUCAUAGAGUGCUUUGAUAGUUGUGAUGUAUUCACCCAUCAGCUAGAAUAAUACCUACAUACAGUUCGAAGUCCACAGCUGAUGGAUUUUAGUCCCAAACCUGUACUUGGUGUUUGAUUAAUUGUUCACCAUUUUAAGAAAAAUCUUGCACUGAAAAUCCAAUCUCAUGACUACUGGAAAACGAGUGGUAUACAUUUGAUAAUAUGUCAGACGUGAGAUGGUAUGAUAAUGCAUAAUAUUAAUUUAUCAUUGAAGUGCUGUAAUAUUUACAUGAUGCUGGAAGUCUUUUGUCAGAUAAUUGAUUGAUAAAGAACAAAAUUACUAUGAAAUAAUCUCCAAAAAAUGUUUUUCGAACAUUCAGUCAAACCUUCAAAAGUGGAUUUUAAUUCUUGUGCAUUGUUUCAGUAGAUUUUAAGUGUAUAUUGGGCUUGAAUCAUUUCUUGUGGUCUUAUUAAUUGUUGUUCAGUGUUGCCAAAGUGUUGUUCAUCAAUGUAAAGUGUUAUGUAUUUGUUGUAUUUGUAUGUUGAUGUGUUGUUAUUGAAACAUUUAAAAGAAAAUGUACAAAUGAAGAAGAAUUACACGUGGUAUGUACUAUAGUUGAAGACCUGUACCUGUAAUUUACAGUAAUAAUACUGCAAUAAUUGACCUGUAAUAAUUUACAUAAACCAGGUGGCAAUGAAUUCAACUACCUUGACAUUUGAUUUUGUCUAAAUUGUUGACAAUCUAUUUUCAGGAUGACUUUAAUACCAAAUAAGGUUAUCUCCCUUAGUCAUAACUUCAUUAUGACAAAUGUCAUAAUAGCUACUUAGCAGCUUAUAGGUGUAUCAGCAGUAACUCUAAUAUUGUUUCUUUUUAUUUCUCUUUACUUUUUGUUUUAAUUAAUUAAGUUACUUAAAGUUUGUUAAGUCAUUAAAUGUUUUGUUCUAACUAUUCUUAUACUCAUUGACAAUGUUCAGUAAUACAGAAUAUCCAUUUCGUUUUAUAAUUUUUAGCUCAGCUGUUGUCGGAGAAAACCAGAGGUAUUGUCAUAGCCAGCUCGUCGUGUCGUCCACCGUCCGCGUCGUGCUAAAACCUUAACAUUUUGUUAACCUUUUGAACAUUGGUUCCAAAAUGAAAGUGCUUCCACCUACAACAUUGAAACUUAAUUUGUAGCUGCACCUUGAUGAGUUCUACAUGCCACACACAUUUUUGGGUCACUAGUUCAAAGGUCAAUGUCACUGUGACCUCUAAAAAAAAAAAAUUGACAAGAUUUCAUUUAUUCAAAACUGCACCCGCAGCCGAGCGUUGGCACCUAUUAUGCGGUGCUCUUGUUUAUACAAUUAUAGUAGGUUAUGGGAAAGAAGCCAAGCGUAAAAUGUAUUAAUUCUAUUUUACCUUUUUUUAUAUUAAAGAUGCUGCUUGUUACAAGCGGUAUUGCAGUUGGUUAAGGUAAACCCAAGAUGUCUUUGAGUGGUUUACAUGCCAAACAAGAAUAACGAUUACGUUAAGUUUUAUUUGUUUUUAUAUUUAAAUGAUAUUUAUAUUUGCUGUUGUCUGAAACCAUGAAUCUCACAUGAAAAAUGUUUUAACUGUCUUGUGUUGCUUGUGAAUUAGAUAUGGUAGUACUAUAAAUUAUGUCAAUAAUUGUUAAAGAAUGAUUGAGUAAUUAAAUGUUUAAAAAAAAAAUUCUAGUAGAUUGAAUGCUUCUUAGACAAAUGAAAUUACAUUUAAAGCAAGUAAUCAAUUUAUGCAGCCUAUACUAAGUUUGCAUGCUGAAUGCAAAUAAGUUACUUAAUAUGUGCAUUACAAUUGGUUUUACCAGUAGUGUGUUUUCAAAACAAACCAUAGUUGUUCUCUAUAAGAAUUUGUCUUCGGUUCUAAAUCUAUAAACUAGUGAUUGUGUCAGAUGUCAGAAUUUAUGAGAAAAUGCCAAAUAUUUUGCAAUGAUCUGUUACUUGUUAUUUAAAAGACAGCCAGCAUUUCAAAGGUUUGAUAACAAAAAUAAUUGUUGUGUUUUAUUGUGUAAAAUCAUUUUAUAUUGACGUGUAUAUACAAUUUCUAAUGAUGAAUAGAUACAUGUGAUAUGUAUACAGGUUUAGAUUUUGCUGUCAACAAGGCAAUUUUUGAUGCUAUUUAAAAGUCUUAAUUGUAAAUUUAAACUUUUUUUAGAUAUUUGAGUACAUGCAUCAACAAUUUAGCUAACAUAUUGUAAGCAUGUAUUACAAUAAAGUUUUUUAACAAAACGUAUGUAAUUUGCCUGUGUUGUGGUUAGGUUGUAAUACGUGUCUCAUUAAAAAAUUUUUUUUAUCUUUAUGACACAUUAAUUUAAUUGAGAUCGUGUUUUAAGAAAGACCAUAACAGUCAUGUAGUAUUGUCACCAUUCAUAUAAAUGCAGACGACAUUUUGACCUAUGACACUUGAUAGCGACAAAUGCUACCUAUUCAAGUCCCUGCUUGUCAUCAAGCCAUGGUAUAAAUUAGAGAGCCUUGUCGUUUUCUUAGAAAUUCAGCCCAAAUUUACAUACAUAAACUGUUGAUGACUAAUCAUAGAUACAAAGAAAACAUUAAAAUACUUUGUCAGCCAUGCUGUCGGAAAUAAGUGCAAUCCAAAUCUUUAUACCUGUAUUUGUUGAAUAAAUGUAUCAUAUGACCUCAUGUGUAUUUAGAUGUAAUAUUCAUAUACCUUUAGUAUUCAUAUUUACUUCAUCAGGAAUAAUAAAACUCUGAUUGUAAUAAGUAUUUUGGUUCUCUUUUGCCUUCAGUGUUAUGGUAGACCUGUUUAAACACUAAGCUGCCAUAAAAUUAAAAUAGCAAAGCAAUUUUUUUUUAAUUAAUAAUUAUAAAUGCUUUAUUGGCUACAAAUGUCUAAUGUCAGCAUGUUUGCAUUUUUGAAUAGUCAUGUUCAAUUAUCACAAAUGUCAAAUGACACUUUUUUGGAAUGUUAAUGUCAGUUGUUUGACUUAGCAACAUUUACCUCAAAACAUUUUGCACCUAAACUUUAAUAAGAGAUUUUUGUAGUAAUAUUUGGUAAUAUAUGUGAAAUAAAAAUCACAAAACAUUCUAAUGUCGGUAAAUUUCCUUAUGUAAACGUUACUAUGUAUUAAAAGUAUCCUGAUUCAUUUAUAUGCCACAAAUUUUGUUAAAAAAGUAUUUUUUAAUCUCAAAGCAAUUUAGAAAUAUAUUUUAUGUAGUUGAUUUUACAGACACAUGUUGAGUAUCUUGAACAUUGAACAUUUAUCAAUAAUUUAAGAUAGUAAUUCGCAUAUUUGAAAGUUUCUGUUUGAUGAAAUGAUUUGUGCAAUUAAAAAACAUUGUCUGACUUUUAUGGUUUUUAUAUUGUCAGAAUAUGCAGAUCACUUUUUUCAUGUGGAGUAUUAAUAUCACUGUUCAUUUAAAUUGUUCUUAAUUUUUUAAUUAGUUCAAUGAGAGAGAGAGAGAGAUAAAAAUUCUAUACUUACUUUUGAAUUAUGAGACAUGCUUAGAGGUUUCUAUUUAGGUUUUAUGCAUAGCAUUUCAUUCUUGUGUAUAAUCACACAAUAUAAGCAUAACUUUGACUUGAAUUUAUGAAUACAUGUAUGUUUCAAAACAUUCAAAUAACAUAACGAAUGAACUUUUUUUAUAAAUUUUCAUUAACAUAGUUUAUUGACAUUUUACGAAACAUUUUAUUUCUACCUGUGUCGAUUUUACUCUAGUAUAACGGUUUCAUUGUUAUUCAAUGAUAUUUGGAGGAAAAUAUUGUUAUGUCUUUAUUGCAUCAUGACAUAUCUUAACAGUUUAUGUCAGGUGGUGUUAACUUCUUAUGAAUAAUACUGUUUUGUCAUUCUAACAUGUAUUGUCAGACCCAUGGCCUGACAUAAAAUGUUUGCUUUGAUUUAUUUAUAAAUUUUAUUUAAAUGAUAUACUGGAAUGUGUGCAGUGUGCGAGAAUGAAUGUUUUGUAUGUUAGAGAUGUUAACUGUGUCUCGGUAUUCGAUAUUGUUAUUGUUAUAUUGUAUAUUUUGUUUUAAGUUAUAAACAGUCGUUUUUUGUAAAUAUUGUACGUGAAACUCA